AUGGCAAACCGAGAUCAGCAAAUCGAGUUAUGGUUAUUGGAGGAAGAUGAGGACAUUUUAGAGGGUACUCCAUGUUCUGAUGACGAAGAGUCGGAUCACCUAGAAGUCCAGGGCGAAAAUACGGACUCAGAAGAAGAUGGUGACCAUGAUUUAGGUGAAUUUGAGUUGAACCAAACAUUUGCUAGUUCCGCAAGCCCCGCACAUGUUUUCACGGAUGAGGACGAGGUACCACUUUCAAAUUUAUUUUACCAAAGUGUUGACAAUACUAGAUGGCUGAAGGAACAAGUUCGUGCUCGACGUUUGAUGCGCCAACACAACAUCGUACGUGUACAAUCAGGUCCUCGAGAAAUAGCGAAAACGAAGGCUACUUCUCUAGAUUGUUUGUCUCUCUUUCUUGAUGAUGAAAUUGUAGCUAUGAUAACGGAUUCCACAAAUAAACGUAUACUAAUUGAGCAAAAUAAAUAUUCAAGGGAUAGAGAUGCGAAAAUAACUGAUGAGUUAGAAAUAAAAGGACUAAUGGGCAUUUUAUAUCUCUGUGGGAGUGUAAAAUCUGGAAGGGAAAAUAUCUUGCAGUUGUUUGACGCUAAGAAAGGGACCGGGAUGGAAGCUGUUUAUCUUACAAUGAAUGUACAAAGGUUCAAGUUUUUGAUGAGAAACCUUCGUUUUGAUGAUCCUACAACGAGAGCGCAAAGGAUAAUGGUUGACAAGUUGGCACCUAUUCGUGAUUUAUUUCAGAAAAUUGUCAAAAGUUUUCAAAAACAUUAUACACCAAGUUCUGAACUGACUUUAGACGAACAAUUGAUAGCGUACAGAGGCAGGUGCCGAUUUCGGCAAUACAUUCCCAACAAGCCAGCGAAAUAUGGGAUCAAAAUAUUUGCCCUGGUCGAUUGUGAACGUCCAUACACUUACAAUUUGGAAAUAUAUGGAGGCAGUAACCCCGGUCCCUUGGAAAUAAGCAAUAAUCGGUUUGACGUAGUUCUGAGAGUCACUGAACCUAUUCAUGGUGAAAAUAGAAACGUAACAAUGGACAACUGGUUUACUUCUCUCGAAGCAGCUAAGAAGCUUUUUGAAAAUAAAACCACUGUCGUUGGUACAAUUAGAAAGGAUAAAAGAGAGGUACCGAAGGCAUUCCGAACAACUACAAACAGAACUGAAUUUUCGUCUUUGUUUGGUUUUCAUGAAAACACUACCUUAGUUUCAUAUGUGCCAAAAAAGAAUAAGGUUGUAUUACUUUUGUCAACUGUACAUAAUGAUGGUUGUAUUGACGAGAGUUCUGGUGACAAACGUAAACCAGAUAUUAUUACAUAUUAUAAUCGAACAAAGAAUGGGGUAGACCUAGUGGACAAAAUGUGUUCCUUGUAUGAUGUGGCCAGAAACUCACGGCGAUGGCCGCUGACGGUUUUUUUUAAUUUGAUGAAUAUAAGUGCCAUAAAUGCUUUAUGCAUAUACAAAGCAAACAAUGGACUAACAAAAGUAUUACGUCGACAGUUUCUUUCUGAUAUUGCGUUGGGUAUGAUGAAACCUUUGGCUAGUAGAAGAAUGAGUACUGAUUGUUUACCGAAGAUCCUCAAGCUUAAAAUAAGCGAUUUUUUGGGUAUUCCAUUAGACGAACAACCACAAAAAGUGGCGAGUUCUCCUCGUGGAGGCGCGCGUGGUCGCUGCUUUUUGUGUGGAAGAAAACGUAAUAAAACCACGCGUAUAUCAUGCCAAUUAUGUGGGAAAUUUACUUGUCCCGACCAUUGCAAUUAUAUGUGCAAUAGUUGUUAUGAAAAUCAUACCUAA